AUGCUAAGACGUCAAUUGGUUAGGAAGAUGUCACAGAGGGCUUUUGAAACAAAGAUUUUGAAGGUAAAUCCGUUGUCUAUACAUUUCUCGCCGAAUGCCCAUAUCGAUGGAUCCUUGCCAACAAUUAGUGAUCCAGAAACCGAGAAGGCUCUAUUAGAAGCUGCCAAGAUUAUUAGAGACUCAGACGAUACAGUAGCAUUUCCAACGGAGACGGUUUAUGGGCUUGGAGGUUCAUCGCUAAACGACAAGUCGGUUUUAAGCAUUUACAGAGCGAAAAAUAGGCCCAGUGAUAAUCCCUUGAUCACUCACAUUUCUUCUAUCGAUCAAUUGAAUAGACGAAUUUAUGGAGAAGAGUCGAACUCGAAUGAAUCCCCUCUAAGGAAUAUACCCGAAAUUUAUCAUUCACUGAUAGCGAAGCUUUGGCCGGGACCGCUCACCAUUCUACUGCCCGUCCCUCCUAUGGAAAGUGGUACUCUUUCCAAAUUGACCACUGGAGACCAGCCAACUUUUGCGGUGCGGAUUCCGUCUAGUCGCAUAGCUAGAGCUUUAAUAGCCCUGAGCGAUACGCCUAUUGCAGCGCCAUCAGCCAAUGCUUCCACUAAACCUUCCCCUACUCUAGCCUCUCAUGUCCUCCACGACUUGGAAGGCAGAAUUCCCUUGAUCCUGGAUGGAGGGCCUUGCAAGAUAGGAGUAGAAAGCACUGUGGUGGAUGGAUUGUCGCAGCCUCCAUCUUUGCUACGACCUGGGGGUUUCACAUACGAGCAGAUCGUAGAACUUGGGGGUAGCCAAUGGGCUGAUUGUAGAGUUGAAAGGAGGCAGACUGUUGGCGAGACUGAGAAGGUUCGCACGCCGGGUAUGAAAUAUAAACACUACUCACCAUCUGCCAAAGUGAUCCUCCUGGUACCGAACCGGAAGGAUAGCACUAACAGCAGAUUAGAGAAACUUAGAGAUAUAAUCCGCACUGAACAAAGUUUGCGAUCAGAGAGUCUAAAAAGCAUUGCCGUACUCACAGCAUCUCAUCUGAAUAAUACUUCAUUGGACAAUAUUCUUCCUUCGGGGUCAAAUUUGAAAAUGAUUGUUGAAAGUUUAGGAUCUACCGGACGAGAGAUUCAAGCUAAUCUUUUCGCAGCAUUAAGAAGAGUCGACGAAGUUGAGAACGUCGAUUUGAUCAUCGUUGAGGGAUUACCGGAGGUGGAUGAAGGUCUCGCAGUCAUGAACAGAUUAAAGAAAGCGGCAGGAGGUAAUUGUAUUUCAUUUUGA